CCCCCCCCCCCCCCCCCCCCGGGGAGACUACGGUAGAUCUCAGAUCGGAACUCUCAUUGAUCGUUUCUCUCGGGUUAAUAUACGCGGUCGCGAGGACGGAGGAAGCUCGAAUCGGUUCCUUUCUUGCUCAAUUCAGCCAGGGAAGCAUGAAUUACAGCUGUGGAAGACAUUAAUCAUAUGUACUGGAAACAUUUAAAGUCUCUGAUGUCAAGUUCCUCUUGGAGUUUUGGCAGCAAUACAUAUGGGUGUAUGCAUCUGUAGCUAGGAUCUGCAAAUUGAUCAUUGUCAAGUAGUUCUUGUCGGGAAUCUGGCUUAAUAGGAUACAGGAUACUACCAUUUUUCUGUACCUUCUUAUGGAUUCUGGGCUCAAGAUUCUUUCAUGGAAGCAUGAGAUAUGACACAUAUAUUUAAAGUGUGUGAGAAGGUCUUAUGAUCUGUUUCAUCGAGUACUUUUGUCCUUCCACUAAGGCUGUUGUGGUUGGUAUUUUGCAGUCCUGGUGUUUUUAAUAUGGGUGAGCAUUUGUGCUGUGACAAUUUGGGGAAAAGAGCCAUCAGAAAUGCGUUAGCUAGAACUUAUCAUUUCUCUCUCCUCCUUUCUCCUGUUGUUUCCUUUUGGGAUUGCAUUUUUCGUAAAAUCAGAUAUUCCUUCAGACCGGAAUGGGUGUAGGUUUGUGGUAUUAACCUUUCAAGUAGUUUAUAUUUCUGGCAAAGAAUAGUUGGGAAGAUUUUUGAAAUUUUAGGUCGAAGCUCUAGAGUGGUUUCAGAAGUCAUCUUGUCUGGGUAUUAGUCAUUUGAAUAAAUAAGCUGAAAUUGACAUCUUAGAGGGAUAAUUAGUCAAUGGAGAAAGUAAAAUGUGGUCAGGUAAGUCCAGUCUUGAAGAAAGGAAAAAAGAAGCAGGCCAAGGGUGAGUUGGAUCGCCUGAAGCAGGCUGAGAAGAAAAAGAGGCGCUUAGAGAAAGCACUUGCAACCUCUGCAGCCAUACGUUCUGAAUUGGAGAAGAAAAAACAGAAGAAGAUAGAAGAACAGCAAAGGUUGGAUGCAGAAGGUGCUGCAAUCGCUGAGUCAGUUGCUCUUCAUGUCCUUGUAGGGGAGGACACAGAUGAAUCCUGUCAUUUCAUGGUGAAGGAUGCUAGUGAACAUAGCCCAUGGGAGUAUUCACAUAGUAUUGAUCAUUUAAUGGGUUAUCAAGGCUUAGCAAAAUAUUCUGGCAAUGGACUGGGGUGGGCAACCGAAGCACAUGUCCCUGCAUGGAAGUGUAACAAUUGGGGGAUCGGACUGCCGUUGCCAUCUCAAUUUCACCUGAAAGAUCUUCGCUCAUCAGCUUAUGAUGAAGCUGGUCGAGGAGCAGAUAUCUCCGCAGGAUUAGAGGCUGCACAGGCUGUUGCAUCACUGCAGAUUGCAGAAGAUUCACAUGGUGCUCGAUUUGAUGGUCAGGGAGCGGCAACUGUUGUUAUUAAUAAACUGCUGGGAGGCAGCAAUACCGGUGACAAAUUCAACAUUUACAGGAAGAUAUAACAUAAUUCUGAUAAGCUUGUAAAUAGCUAUAACAAAUUUCCCCUCGCUCUAGUGAGACUGCAUAUUUCUGUUGAGUUUUGUUCUAUAUCUUGCAAAAUGUUUGUAUUGUGAUAAUGUGUUUGAAAGAGGCUCUCAUUUUUAUGCUGUUUGGUAAUAACUAUAUGUAUAUUGUUACUUGUUCAUGAUGGUAUUGUUGAUCUUGUCCA